AUGGGUAAUUGUCUGAAGUCGCCAAAUACAGACGACAUUUCACUGUUGAGAGGAAGCGACAAUGGACCCGAAGUUGUGGACCCGUCUGCUGUACAUAUUGGACCACCACCACCUUAUCAGGAGAGUGUUCCUAUAUAUCAUCCAUCACCUAAUGUUAGUAGACCAGCUAAUCAAUUGACUGAAGAUGAACAAGUGAAAAUAGCACAAAGGUUAGGCCUUAUACACCAUCUACCUACUGGAGUAUUUGAUGGUACAAGUAAAAAGGCAAAGGAGUGUUGUAUUUGUAUGGAAGAAUUUCUAUUAGGAGAUAUGUUAAGAUUUUUACCUUGUAUGCACACAUAUCAUAAAGAAUGUAUAGAUGACUGGUUAAUGAGAUCCUUUAUUUGUCCGUCGUGCUUGGAACCAGUAGACGCAGCGUUGUUAACUACUUAUGAAACAAGUUGA